AUGAUCCGGGGAUCAAUCACGACAAUCAACAUCCGCCCAGGUUCAAUUAAUCCAGAAAAGCUGCGUUUGUUCAGCACACCACGAUCACAGUCUUGGUUUUGUCAUGGAGGGAAUUCUAGAUAUUUUUCGAACGGUCCAGUUAUGAACCUUGACAACGCAGACAUCAUAUAUGCGAUAAUAAUUCCGAUUCAGAUGCCGUAA